AUGUCGGCCAAAUCCGAGUGCAAGCCAGAGUACACGCCAGAGAGCACGCCAGAGUGCAAGUCAGAGUGCAAGCCAGAGGGCAAGCCAGAGUGCAAACCAGAGUGUAAGCCAGGGUGCAAGCCAGAGUGUAAGCCAGAGUGCAAGAUAAAGUACAAGCCAGAGUGCAAGUCAGAGGACAAGCCAGAAUACAAGCCAGAGGGCAAGCCAGAGUACAUGCCAGAGGGCAAGCCAGAUGCACAGUCUCCACAUAGUGCACAUUCUCUACACUGUGCACAGUCUCCAUACUGUUCACAUUCCCCACACUGUGCACAGUCUCCACACGUUGCACAGUCAUCACACGAUGCACAGUCCACACUGAGCAGACUUUCAGCUAUGAACCGUCUCCACACGGUGCACAGUCUUCACACGAUGCACAGUUUCCACACGGUGCACAGUCUUCACACGGUGCACAGUUUCCAAACAGUGCACAGUUUCCACACUGUGAACAGUCUCUAA